AAAAGGAGAGAGAGUCGGUGAAACUUUAGGGUUUGACAAUUGUGAGACAAUGGAUUUCGUCCGUCGUGCUGUAAUGGUUUACGGUUCUGAUCUCUGGAAGAGGAUUUGUUCUGAUUCAGCCACAAAGGGAUUGGCUAAAGCACUGCAAUCUUCUCCUAUAGCAUCAUAUGCUCGUUCUGAGACGCCGCUGGGGUAUGCUCGUUACUGCACAAUUCAUGCAGUUUUGAUUGGUGAUUGCAAGGUUCGCAGUGCUUCUCCGGUUUGGAAUGGUACUCGCAGGAUUCACAGAGUUUUCGCAGUUUGAUGGUCGGAAUAACUACAUUAUAAUAAGUUUGGUGAGUAUGUUCUUAAUGAAUAAAAGCACAGCUUUCAG